AAUCCAGAUCAACACGAGAUUCAAACAGACUUUUCAUUUGCAUGUUUCUCCUUUAUCUCUUUAAAUGUUAUUUCUGUGUGUUUGUGGACGCAGGUGGCCAACUACGGCGUGGGAGGACAGUACGAGCCUCACUUUGACUUCGGACGGAAAGAUGAACCGGAUGCGUUUGAAGAGUUGGGGACAGGAAACAGAAUCGCCACCUGGCUGCUUUACAUGAGUGACGUACAGGCAGGGGGCGCCACCGUCUUCACUGAUGUUGGAGCUUCUCUCCGGCCCAAAAAGACCUCAGAUCUGCUUCAUCAUGAAGAUCCGUCCUGUGCAGAUGUUCUCCAGGACCAACACACAGCAGAUUAUCAGCAGCUGAUCUCUCUUUUAACACCAGGACAGGAACUUCAGCUGGCAGAGGAUCCUACUGCUACAACAACUCGCUCUGCAGACAGUAGACACUGA